AUGGUGCCUCCUAAACCUCAUAUCAUGCAGAAGCAGCACCGAGCUGCGUCGUGUCAGCUUGAUGUUAUAAUAGUCGGCGCAGGUCUUGGUGGCCUAGCAGCAGCUAUAUCUAUCCUACUUGCUGGCCAUAAUGUCCAUAUCCUAGAAUCUACACCAGAGAUCGGCGAGAUUGGCGCUGGGAUUCAAUGUUUACCCAAUGCCUCACGCGUACUGAUAUCAUUGGGUCUAGAAGAACUUUUAUCACAGCAUGCUACGCAACCUCAACUGUGCAAUAUGUUGGGUUGGAAGGGUAACAAGAUCAGUGACAUGGAUUUCCACGCUUACGAAAAAGAGUGUGGGACACCAUUCUGGGACUUCCACAGGGCCAAUUUGCAUAUGGGGCUACUCGAACGGGCAGUCGAACUAGGAGCGAAGUUGACGACAAAGGCAAAGGUGGUAGACGUGGACUACGAGAAAAGCCUGCAAAUUGGCUCCACACUGGCCAUAGCAGUAUGCGCAGACGGAGCACGAUACAAAGCAGACCUUGUUGUUGGUGCAGACGGCAUCAAUUCUAAAUGUCGAGAGAUUUUGCUGGGUCGCGACGACCCACCACUCCUCACAGGAGACCUAGCAUACCGCCUAUUACUCAACACCUCAGACAUGCUUAAAGACCCCGACCUUCGUGGUUUCAUCGAAGACCCUCAAGUCAACUAUUGGAUUGGUCCCGACGCACACGCCGUAAACUACGUUCUCCGCGGCGGCAAGCUCUUUAACAUGGUCCUCCUAGUGCCCGACGACAUGCCCGCCGGGGCCAACACUCUUGCGGGUAAUGUAGAAGAAAUGCGCGCCCUUUACAAAAACUGGGACCCCAGAAUCUCCAAGCUCCUCGCACUCUGCCAAUCUGUAGCAAAGUGGCGCCUCAUGAUUCGUCCAGGCCUGGAUCCGACGUGGUCUCAUGAAAGCGCAGCCUUCACCAUCCUCGGGGACGCUGCACAUGCUACACUACCGUACCUUGCAUCAGGUGCUGGCAUGAGUCUUGAAGAUGGCCAUAUUCUGGGUCUUUGCCUCGCUCGCAUCACGUCCAAAUCCACGGCUGAGAAACGCCGCGCACUUACCGUAUACGAGCGCUGUCGGCGCGAACGCACUGAGCGCGUUGUUAGUCGGGGAAAUCGGCAACAGUACUUGUAUCACCUUCAUGACGGAUCUGAGCAGCGGGAGCGCGACCGCAUGCUACGUGCGUUUGGGGAAUUCAAUGGAAAGGGCAGGGUAAGUCCGGAGCAAUAUGAAGAAAAGGGGUUGAGGGUUGAAGAGGAUCCGCUCGCAUGGCGGUGGGGCGGGGUGGCAAAUUGGCUUUUGACGUAUGUUUGUGAAGAGGAUGUUGAAAUGAGGUGGAUGGAAGUGGAUGCAGAGGCACGAGCGCAGGAGCGCAAGGAAAUGGCGAAGAAACCAGAGAUUAGAGCUCUACUCUGA